AUGCGGAUGGAUAUGUAUUCGGGAUUAGUUUCUCGUCAACUUUGCCAAGAUGCAGUUGUCCCUGUCCUUCCUCGUCUUGACCGCCGUCGUCGUCCUUGGCGUGACCAUUAGUGGGGGUCAGGGCGCCUCGAUCUCCAAAAAGGCGAGACAAGAGGUUCCAGCCGUGGCGAGCUCACCAACCGUGGUCACCAUUGCGAAAGAGUCCACACCCUCUGUAAUUACCAAUGUCCCGGAACUCGUCCCAGCCGUAGUGGAUCCAAAUCCUACCACAGUUGCACCACUAGUUGUAGCUAACGUGACAACAACGCCAAAACCUGACGAUGAAGAUGAUUCAAGCGAAGAAGAAGAGGAAGACGCCGACGAAGAUGACCAAGAUCAGGAUGACGAUGCUGAAGAAGAGGAAGAACAUGACGAGGAAGGAGCGCCGGGUGCCAAACAGAUUUACCUUCCUGGUUACCUGACUGCCCAUGGUGAACUAUUGGUCCCGAUUGAUGCCGUUCAACGCUCAACAGGGGAUAGGGUGCCCUACGAAGUCAUUGAAGAUCCUACAUAUCCUGCCUACGCCCAAUUCGCCAACGCUGCAAACAAUGAGGAUUCUUCCGUAUCCGUUGGUGUGAGUGGGGGAAGCAGUGCGGGUGGAAUUAGUGGUGGUGAUGGUGAAACCGUAUUGGAAAUUCUUCAACAACCCGGCGUCGGUGGUCCACCAUCUGUCGCUGUGGCCGUUCCAUCGCACGAAAGCUCGGAACCUUCGGAAGAGGAUCAACAGGGUCAAGAACCAGCCGCUCCGGAACAAGUCAAUGUAGUUCAAGAACAGCAAAGACAUCUUUGGUUGGGUGGAAGCAACCCGACUGAUUUUGGAUUUCAUUUUUAAUUUCAAUUCCAAAUUUUUCGACGAGGUUGUUGCCAAAGUAUAAUAAAAUAUUUAUUGCUGAUCAUCACAA